GCUGGCACUGGGUCAGACAUUGGAUCGUCUGACUGGACAGCGGGCAUCGGGUCACCAGGCAUCAAGUCAUUUGGCUUGACAGCGAGCACCGCGUCAUCUGGCAAGGCAGUGGGUUCCGAGUCAACUGGCAUGACCGCGGGCACUGGGGCAGACAUUGAAUCGUCUGGCUGGACAGCGGGCAUCGGGUCACCAGGCAUCAGUCAUUUGGCUCGCCAGCGGGGCACCGCGUCAUCUGGCAAGGCAGUGGGCACCGGGUCACCGGGCAUUGGAUCGUCUGGCUCGACAGCGGCAUCGGGUCACCAGGCAUCAGGUCAUUUGGCUCGCCAGCGGGCACCGCGUCAUCUGGCAAGGCAGUGGGCACCGAGUCACCAGGUACGACAGCGGGCUCUGAGUCAAUUGGCACGACAGCGGGCACCGGAUCAGGUACCGGAUCAUCUGGAUCAACAGCGGGCAUCGAGUCAACUG